UUUCCCAGUCUGUGCCUGUGUCGUGUUUGUAUAAUAGGUUACACUGUGCUCCGAAAUGACAUUUGUAGCUCGUAAAUAUUAUUUAUUCUAAAAACGAUUGAAUUUCUUUUGGUCAGUCAGUGAUUCGUUCGAUGUGUGACUUGUCGCUACGAUAAAUCGUGUAUUAUUUUUUGUAACGGCGUGGGAGGUUAUGAUACAAAAAUUGUCUUUACUCUGAAAUACCCCGUGGUCAAUGUUUACUACAGAAAACACUUAACGCUCGUCAACGAGAAUGUGACGAAUCAUUGAUAGUUUUUGAGCUAUGACAUUACAUGAUAUUGUUGAAAAAGGGCCAAAAUGAUUGGCGCAGCCUCUGGCUUGGAAGAUGCCUGUUGGCAAGCUCAGGAUAUGAUAAAUCAAGUGUCGAGAGGCUGGCGUGAUAGUCAAAAUGCUUCCAUCUCUGACAGAGCACCGUCAUUGAUGCAAAAAAAGGAUCAGCACAAUCAGUCUAGGCACAGUAUUCAAUCCAAACUGACCAGACUAUAUUUCGAGGAAUUGUCCAAAGUUCCUCAUGCCACUCCUGAUUCUGUUUUGAAUAAUCUUGAAAACGAGUGCGAUUUACUGGGAAGAUUGGUGCAGAGGGAAGGACUCCAUACGUUAAUUGUAAACCUCUAUGCCGGCAACAAAGGAUACUCAUUAGCCGUAAGAAAUAGCGAUAAGGGUAGCCAGUACGAGAAAGGUGGCGGAUUAUUGGCGGAAACACAAUUGAUGGGCUAUGAACAGGGUGAAUUAUUGUCGUGCAUAGACAAUGGUCAAUUGCCGGCAAUGCUGGCUGAACAACUCGAACCGAGUAACUCUCAUUUAUUUUACGAUGGUUGUAUCAUUGCUGAGGUUCGCGACUAUCGUAAAGCUUUUCCUCACAACAAAGCUGACAUACAUCAUGUUCUCUUGAAACCUACGACUCAGAGUGUACUGUCGGACGUAUCAACAUUGACGAGCGACGGUGAGUGGAGUCAUGAAGAAAGAUUGAUGUUGGAGUCUCGUUUGGUCGCUGCGACACAAGGACCUCUUUGUCUCGAUCCAAAUCCCGCAUCGAGCUUGGCUACAACACGUCUACGACAAUCAAGAUCGUUGCUUACCGACCAUCAGCUCAUGCGUCAAGCCAAAAAGUUUUCUCAGGUAACGGUGAAUCGAAAGAGAAAAUUGGAACAACUAGCGCAGCCAGAGGGACUUACGAUACAGGAUUUAAUGCAAAAAUUGCGUGCCAAGAGAGGAUUGCCAACAACCACUGCCUGUCCACCGCCUUCUCUCGUGAAUCCACCAUUGCUUCCGCCAAGCACGCCGAUCGAUGUCUUGAGAUACGCUAAAGCUUACGAGCGACCGCGGGAAACGAAAGACUGUCUGCCUCAACUUAUAGAAGAAUAUAUAUUAGAGACUGAACGGGGCCAAGGACGUGUUUACCAUAUAAAGCUCUCAAUCCUACAAAGACCUUCCAAUUCCGAGUACCUGGGAGAGCUUUAUGUGGACAGAGAUCAUCGGGAGGGUGAACGAAAUGGAUCUGCAUGCAGAUUUACUCUGGGCACGAGAGUUCAAGCUAAUCACUAUAUGCAACAAUUUACGGAAAUAUUUACCGAGGAAGGUAGAAAAAACGUGCGAAUAAAGCAUGUUGUACCGGGGCAGGCACCUCGAGUAACAUGUACACCGGGGAUGCAGAGAGCACAUCAACAGGCUCAACAAGCACAAGCUGCACAGUUGGUGGCACAACAAUUGCAGCAAGCUCAAUCCCAGCAUGUCGCACAGCAGAUUCUCUCUCGAGCUCAAGGCCAGUUGAAUAGCCUGGCGGGACAAGUAGCGUCGAUAAAAGCCAUGACGGAAGCCACGACAUCGGGGCAACCAGGUGUUACGUGUUUGGACGCUAAUUCGAGCGUGGUGCAAGGCAGCAUUCCACAAAUUGACGGAGGGAGUGUUGCGUCUUCCGUGCAGCAACAACAACAACAACAGCCUCUUACCAACGGAGUUGUCAAUAGCCCAGCUCCGGUGCAAGUACCUGUACCUGUGCCCGUGCAGCUCGAAUCCACAACCGGAAUUGCUGUCAACGAUAACGUUAAUUCUUGUAACGGUUCAGGAAUUCUCGUUUUUCAACAGAAAGCUCCGGUUCCGUCGAACGUCAACACUGCUGUCGCUGCAAAUUCUGUACCCGUGCUCCAAGCGCAACUGCAAGCCGGCGUCCAGAGCAACAUAAACGAGAGCAAUACUAGCAACCAGACUUCGAGCGAAUCAACGUUCAAAAAACAUUCAACUAACCCAGCUAUUAGCGCACUCGUUACUUCACUCAUGAACUCUGCUCAACAGUUUCAGCAACAAGCCGCGGCAAACGCAGCUGCAGCUGCCCAAAGUUCGACAAAGACGAACAACGCCGCCAUUCUCAGUUUGCUAAACAGCAGUCCGGCUAAUCUGGCACAGCAAAAAGCUCAGCCACGCCGGAUUUCACUGAACACUUCACUUCCAUCGCGUGUCAUUGGUCAUGGAAAUGUUAUAACUGUUCCCAGUACAACUGGCCAAGUGAGAGUAAGCAUAAGUUCUGCUCUUACGAGCCAACUCGCCGGUAAACAACAGCCCGUAAAAGCCACCGCUGUAAGAUUAGCAAGAGUUCAGGACCCGGCUUCGACUUUGGGCUUAUCAAUGCCCGGAUUAUCGGCAUUACUCGCCGGUACACCAUCGGCGGAUAAUCCUAUACCAGGAAUAAACAGUGCUUCAUCACUUCUGGAGAGAUUAACUGCGUCGUCGAGUCAAAGCAGUCAACCGAACAGCCCAAUGACAAGCCCACCACCAGCCAAUGUUAAUCUACAGGGGGUCAAUCUUACUAGUCUACCGAAUUCAAUAAAUGGUCUUCAAAACGUCCAGGUAUCAUUUCCUGGAUUGUCACAGCCAAUAACAAUGGCACUUACCGUUUCUGCGGCCACAGGAUCAGUAACACCCACCGGAGUUAUUGUCUCUCUUCCGAUAUCCAGCGGGACCAAUACCUGCACCACGGUCUCUAGCAUGGUUCCAGCUACUGUUGUUACCACGGCCGUUGCUGGAACAACACCUACAGUUGUUAUUGCUAAUUCUGCCAAUACUCAUCUCUCUUUGCCAAUCGCUCAAAUCUUACCAUCCGGAGUCAAGGGAUUAUCACAACAAAAUAUACGUAGUACCAAUACUGUUGCUGCUGCUGCUGCCGCUGCCGCUGCUGCCAAUCGUUCACAGGCAGGGCAGGCUAUACAACUAGUCGGAUCUCAAAGGCCUCGACUUAAUCAGAUGGGACGACAGGUGCAAGUACCGAGUCAGGUCAAGUCCUCGGUUUUGCAAAAUCAAUUAGUUACCGUUGGAAAAACAAUGACAGCCAGUCAACUCAUACUUUCCGGUAACAAACAAGUUUUGACUCCUAUAAUGGGCGGAAGUAAACCCGUGCUCAUGGCGAGUCAAGCAGGAUCUUCAUCGCAGGGUGUAAGUGCGAACAAACACACUCUUUUGGCAAAGUCACUUCACGCUAGAACCGGUGCUACGGGACAAGUGAAUCCACAGAGCCAAAAUCUCGGAGUUGCGAGUCUUUCGCAACAGCAACUGCAACAAUUACAACAGUGUUUAGCGGCGCAGCACAAGGCGGCUGUAGCAGCUGGUAAUUCACCGAACAGAACGCAAAUUCAACCUCAACGAAGCUCGGCCUCGGCACCCGGGGAAGAUUCUCUCUGAACAUGUUCAAAAGCUAUACCAACUUUUACGACUCAUCGUUGUUUAUAUUUCAUGUUUAAAAGGAAAAAAAUUUGAAUAAUUGGAGCCUUUGCUCAUUUUUAUGGGGAAGAAAAAGGCGGAUGAAGAAGAUAUAAGAAGAACGAGAAAAAAUUAUUGAACAGCGGUAUUGGUUGAGGGAAUUAAAUCGUGCGCGUGCCGGUAUUGUAACGAAACAAAGUAAUUGAAAAAAAUAUAUAUAAAUAUAUAUUAUUAAUGUUUAGAAGCUUUCGAACAAAGAGCGCACAUUAACUCAUUGGCACACAUAAUUUAUUAUACACACACAUCUCUCUUAUUCGUUUUCCCAUUGUGCAGUUCGUGUUUAUUUUUUUUUCGUUUCUUUCGCAUUAUGGUCAACGAACUUCCGAACAUUAUAAAUAUGUAUAUACCUUUUGAAUAGUGAAAAUUGUGUGCAUGUGCAAUAAAAGGAUGAAGGAAAAAUGAUAAAAACAAAAGAAAUAACUCCUUAAGUAGAAGCUUAGUUUUGUUUGAUAAGCAACUUUUGCCGGCACGCCAGCACGUUCGUAUUAUCCGAAAGGUUUCAAUUAUUAUUGUACAUAUUGCAUUCACAGGUACUACUAAAUACCUUAUAGUACAUACUACGAUAUAUGAUUUGUUUUUAUAUUAAAAUGAGAAAAUCUAAAAAAAAAUUGAAAAAAAAAAAAAACAAACAAAUCAACGAGACUAUUCUUAUUGUCAUUGUCGACUGUUUGCAACAUUACUUCCACCAACAUUGGCGUUUUGCCGACAGCUGUACGGACUUCUAACCAGAAAUAUCAGGCAAAAUGGGACAAAUAUCUCGAGGCUAAAUGUCGAACGGGCGAAAAUAAAGCAAGAAUCAAUGUUGAAAAAUAUAAUUCGUAUAUUUACAUAAAAAUAUCAUUUAUAAUAACAUAUAAAUUAGUACAGAUAAUCAGGGAGAAAAAUAUGGCAAAUGCCCGUACAUCUUCGAAAUAAAUAAGUACUAGUUACAAAAA